UUGUGUGACAGGCAGGAGCUUAAAUACCAGCCCACGAGGAAGCUGAGCUGGUCUGUAAUGAUAGGGCGGCAGCAGCAGCAGAGGCAGCAGCAGAGGUAGUCGGGGAGGUGGAGGAACCAGAACACCAUGACCGAACACACAGGUGUUUCUCAGGAGUAAUUAGAUUUCUGAAGGCAAAAAUAUACCUGAGCAUUUUUACCUGUGAGCCCAGUAACAACUGAGAAGGAAUCUGAAAGCAAAGAGGAAGAGAACCAUCGGUCAAGAAACACCAACAGGCACCAAAGUUGAAAGUUUAGGGGGUUUAUUUUUAUUUAUUUAUUUAUUUUGUACUUUUUUGCUACUUCCUUUUCUCCCCUGCGGGUGACUACAAUGGUCAGAAAGCCUGUGGUGUCCACCAUCUCCAAUGGAGGUUACCUGCAGGGGAAUGUUCACAGGAGGCUGCCCUCCCUGGGCGGCAGGGAGCCACCUGGGCAGGAGAAAGUUGUGCUGAAGAAGAAAAUCACUCUGUUGAGAGGAAUCUCCAUCAUCAUCGGGACCAUCAUCGGAGCAGGGAUCUUCAUCUCUCCUAAGGGCGUGCUCCAGAACACAGGCAGCGUGGGCUUGUCCCUGGUCGUCUGGACCGUAUGCGGGGUCCUGUCACUGUUUGGAGCCUUGUCCUAUGCUGAGUUGGGAACAAGCAUAAAGAAAUCUGGUGGUCACUACACAUAUAUUCUGGAAGUUUUCGGACCAUUACCAGCUUUUGUGCGAGUCUGGGUAGAACUGCUCAUAAUACGCCCUGCAGCCACUGCUGUGAUAUCUCUGGCAUUUGGACGCUACAUUCUGGAACCAUUUUUUAUUCAAUGUGAAAUUCCUGAACUUGCAAUCAAGCUCAUUACAGCUGUGGGCAUAACUGUGGUGAUGGUCCUAAAUAGCAUGAGUGUCAGCUGGAGUGCCCGGAUCCAGAUUUUCCUAACCUUUUGCAAGCUCACAGCAAUUCUGAUAAUUAUAGUCCCUGGAGUGAUACAGCUAAUUAAAGGGCAAACACAACACUUUAAAGAUGCCUUUUCGGGAAGAAAUGAAAGUAUUAUGGGAUUGCCACUGGCUUUUUAUUAUGGAAUGUAUGCAUAUGCUGGCUGGUUUUAUCUCAACUUUGUUACUGAAGAAGUGGAAAAUCCUGAAAAAACCAUCCCCCUUGCGAUAUGUAUAUCCAUGGCCAUUGUCACCACUGGCUAUGUGCUAACAAAUGUGGCCUACUUCACUACCAUUAGUGCCGAGGAACUGUUGCUUUCGAAGGCAGUGGCCGUGACCUUUUCUGAGCGGCUCCUGGGAAAUUUCUCAUUAGCAGUUCCGAUCUUUGUUGCCCUCUCCUGCUUUGGCUCCAUGAAUGGUGGUGUGUUUGCUGUCUCCAGGUUAUUCUAUGUUGCAUCUCGGGAGGGUCACCUUCCAGAAAUUCUCUCCAUGAUUCACAUCCGCAAACACACUCCUCUGCCAGCUGUUAUUGUUUUGCACCCUUUGACCAUGAUAAUGCUCUUCUCUGGGGACCUCUACAGUCUUUUGAAUUUCCUCAGUUUUGCCAGGUGGCUUUUUAUUGGGCUGGCAGUGGCUGGACUGAUUUAUCUUCGAUACAAACGCCCAGAUAUGCAUCGUCCUUUCAAGGUGCCGAUCUUCAUCCCAGCUUUGUUUUCCUUCACGUGUCUGUUCGUGGUCGCCCUUUCGCUUUAUUCAGACCCAUUUAGCACAGGGAUUGGCUUCAUCAUCACUUUGACCGGGGUCCCUGCCUACUAUCUCUUCAUUAUAUGGGACAAGAAACCCAAGUGGUUUCGAAGAAUGUCAGACAGAAUAACCAGAACAUUACAAAUAAUACUGGAAGUUGUACCAGAAGAAGAUUGUCAUAAAUAAUGAGUUAAUACAUUUGAAAUCUUGGCAAUCUAUCCUUGGCCUUGUUUCUUCCCAAAGGGCUAAAAUAAAAAAAAAUGGAUCUUCACACCAUUUUAUGAAAAUCCAGAGGACUGCAACUUUGGAAAUGGACUAAAGGAAUCAGUUAUGUUUAUCUUUUAGAUUUUUCAAACAUGUUUCUAAGAAAUUUAGUUACAACUCAUUGUAGUUAUAGAAAGCUGAUAAACAAUGAUACAGUUCGCGUGAGCAUUGAAUCUCUGAUACCUACCUGUUAGGGAAAAAGACUACAGAAUUGACAGUUACUUUAGUGGUAACUAAACUGGUUAUGUUCUCUGUAACAUAUAGAUGGCUAAGAACCUUCAAAUUGAAGACUGAGAUGUUUUCUGUACAUAUGGGUUUUGUAAAAACAGUUUUUAUAUACUGUAGGUAACUGUACUUUGAAAAGUGUUUUCUACUCUUUUGAUAAAAAGCAUAUGUCAUCAUUAUGGACAGCAGAAAGAAAGAAAUUUGUUUUACAUUGGCAUUGCAUUGCUUCCCACAAAUAUCAACUUAGAUAUUACUCAUUUUAAUGGAUUAUAUACAGAGCAUUUUGAACAAAGAACAGAGGAGGUAUGCCUAAUUUUAAUGAAUUCAUUAAAGAAGAGCUUCUAGGGGAUAUUGUUUUUGAGGCAAAUCUAGGAGUUAUUUUUAAGUAAAAAAAAUUCUUGAGAAUGUAUUAUGUUAGGAUUUUUUUCACUCCAUAUCAGGAAGAGCUGUGGAUAUGUGCCAUUUUGUUUUCAUGAUGGUCUAUUUGAUCAAGAAAGGAUGUAACACCUUUCUUAGAGCAAGGUAACAAUCAAUAUGGUAAUAAAUCCUCAAGCCCAAUCACUUGUUUCACUAAUAACUUGCCCUUUGAUGGAUAUAUCUAAAUAUGUACAUUUUAAAUCAUCAAGUUGCAGUAACAAUAUAGACAGAAAUCACUAGGAAAGAAAAUGCCCAAAAUAUUAUGAUCAGUUCUAUGGUUCUCUAUGCAAUAUUAGUGAUUCUAAACAACUUUUAAAUUUCAUAGCCAUUUUUAUAUAGUGAUGAUUUUUGACAGUUUGUACAUUUCUUUGUAUACUUUAUAUUCUAUUAAAAUAUCUCUAUGGAUAAAAAUAUCCAUAUCAAUUAAGAAAAGAUAUAUUUACAUAAAAAUAAGGGAAGAAAUGUCACUGUUAAAUAAGUUUUGAAACUAAUGUUUCUAAGAAUUUUUCCAUUUAUGUGUCCAGGCUUUGUCAGUAACUUUCUCAUCUCAAUUAUCAUUCAACUUGUAAAAGAGAUAACUGAUAACAAAUUCACUGAAAGAAGGAGAAACUGUGCAUGAAAUGUGUAUAUUCAGACAGGUUUUAUUUUACUAGGUUUAGAAACUCUUGUGGAACUUUCAAAUAAUAAUAUAAUAAUUUUAACUAUUAUUUACAUAUACCUUGGAUUAAACAGCCAUGGCCAGAGUAUUUUUCAUCAUUUAAUUUUUAUCCAUUUAAAAAGAAUAAAAUUUGGAAGAAUUACACUGAUUAAAAUCAUUAAGAGCAGACAUAGAGUUCACAGACAAUUGAUCAAAGUGGAAUGAUGCUAAUUUGAGGCAAUUCCAAUUCAUUAAUUUCCAAUUCAUUAAUUUCAAUUUCAAAAUUAUAUUCAAUUAAUUUCAUUUAAUUAAGUUUCAAUUUAAUAUAUCCAAGAUUGAAAUUUUUUUCAGCCAAAUUCAGUGUUUGGGUCUUUAAGUAAAUUCAUAAAAAUUCCAUCCUUUUUCCCUUAUCAUAGGUUUUCAUACAGUUUUCAAAAUUUGAUCUGUAGUCCAUGCUUUUUAUAUUCAUUUGCCUAUAUCUCUCCCCACUAAAUUGUUGCUAGAGGUAAAAAUAGAGUUCCUUUAUAUUCUAUUUUUUUAUAGUCAAGGCUCUUAUAAUCUAAAUCAGAAAACUCUUCUGGACUUUUUUGUUCUGAAAUUUUAAAAAAAAGUUAGUCUCACAGAGACAUUUGUAUAGUUCUUGAUUAUUCCUGAGGUUUAUAUCAAAAGUGGCAAAUAGGUCUCCUCAUUUAUUUCCUUAGGUCUGGUUCUAAUUUCUCUUUAAAUAUAUCAUUAUACAAGCUAACUAGAUAACAUACUCAUUUUUUAUCACUUUUAAAAAUGAUUUUUGCAUUGUUAAUUUCUAACACCACUGUAAUAACAUUUUAACCAGAUGGACAGUCAGUCAGUAACUUUUUUUUUUAAAGUGAUGAGGAUUAAGUUGUAUCUCUACUUACUCUUAGGAUACAUCAUGACAAGAUAGGGGCUUCUGUAAACAUCAAAUCAAUAUUCAUAGAAUUUAUUUGAAAUGGUAUUACGCCAAGCAGAUUAUAGUUUGAACACUCUCCUGCACUUUUAUAUAUAUGUGUAUUUUUAUACUAAGUAAUUUUCUCAUAUAUUUAGAACAAUUUUUUUCUCAUACAUAUUUUAUAUCAAAAUAUUAUGUGAUAUAUUUUUACCAGUGUGCAUAUUCAAAUGCUGAAAUACAUUUUCUGAGUUCAUUAGAACACAAAAAGUAAAAGUGGCCAAUGUACUUUAAGAUAACUAAUACACUGUUUUCAGAUAUUCUGCUUUUUUUGUACAUAAAUUCUCAAGUAUUUAGUUAUAAAUUAAGCAGAUCUGGUAAAGACUUCCAAAGCUAAAACAAUUUGAUUUUAAAAAUAGAAUGAUUCUCCUUCCACACUUAUGAAUAUUUCAGUAAACAUUUUGACCCCCUUUUAAAAAUAUUAAAUUAGUUUCCUUUGUUCAGUUGAAGAAAACUGUUAUAAAUUGUGACUUGGUCAGCUGGAAGUAGACCCUGUUCUUGUCUUUCGGAGAUUAAAGAUGUGUCCUAGGAAAGUUGGCUGGCUUCAGUACAGACCAUAAACAUGAGACGUGUGUACACACACACACAAGCGUGCAUGUGCUUGUACCGUAUCUCCCUGCUUCUGCUGGCAUAAAAUUAGGACAGAUUAUUAGGUUACAUUAGCAAUUCAUGGCCAUUUCUCUAACACUAAGAUAUGUAAGUUAAAACAACUUUCCAGAUUGUCUUAUGUGUCUGGUCAAAUUGUUUCCCCCAUUGUUAUUUGAUCUAUAAACAGGUGGUUAACAAGAGUAUAAUUACCUAACUCAGUAGAAUUCUGUGUUGAACUGAGUCAGUCUUCAGCUGAGAAAGGGAGCAUCUUUAACCUACACUUGAUUUCUUAUCAUAGAGGUAUAGGUUAUGAAAAGAUAGAAACUAGAGGUCAGAGUCACAGAAAAUGAAAGCUAACAUGUGGCUGGAGUUAAUAUUUUGGUCUAAUUUUUUAUACAAUAUAGUCAAUGAAAUAUUAAAAAUCAUCUGCUGUACACAGGUGGAUAUCCUGAGAUGCUAAUGAAAUGUAAGCUUCAGUGCCUCUCACUUAGACAUGCCCCUUCCAAGGUCCUAUACUUAAUUUUGAAUUGGGAAUUUUGUAUUAAAAAUUUUCUUGAAGAAGAUUAGUAAAAUUAUAUAUACUUCAGGCUCUACAAAAUCUGCAUCUUUCCCUGUGAGAAAAAUCAAAGUACUCCCAGUACUUUUUCUACUAGAAAUAAGCAUGAGGUAUUAGUAGGAUAUAUUUUUUAGUAAUAAAGUUGUGAGUUAAUUGAAAUAUCUAUGUAUAACUACAAGUGGAUUUCUCUUACUAUUUCAUGUGAUAUAUAAGGAGAGAGUUUCACGUAGGACAUAUUUCAUGUGUCAGUUCUGAAUGACAGGAAAACAAUAAAUGGGAUUUUAAAGGUAGCUCUUUUUCUUAGUUUGGAAAGAAAUAUAGAUUUGGGUUUGAAUGCAGAUGAGUCAAGAAAUUUUAUUUUACUUAAAUAACACCUUACUUCAUUUCUCCCUACAUAAUGUACCGUAUGUUGGUGCUGGUAAUGUUUAUAGAGUUACAUUUACUUUCCUAACCAUAUAAAGUCAAGAAUUAAAGCAUGGAAUUGUGUAACUGAGAAUAAACUCCUAAGGAUGUAAACUAGACUAGAUAAUGAGUCAUCUUGACAGCUUCUGUUUACAUUAUUUAUGUGUAGGUAAAAGAAUUAUUACCUAUGUAUGUAUUUUAAGUUAAUUUUUCCAUAAACAGUAUUUUUAAUUUCUCUAUCUAUAAACUAAAAGUGCAAACUCUAGAUAUUAUUAGUACUGUUCUUUAAAAAGAUAUUUUAAUAGCCAAUUGGGGGAGAUAAUCUUUCCUUUUUUUCAAAUUAAUUGGAGUCUUGAAAGUAAAUGCUUGGUCUAUUUUUAGGUCUGAUAAAAAUUCUCAAAGUAUAUAUACAUCAUGGUCUCAGAGAAAGUUCACCAAUUUCUGUGUGUUGUGGGAUAUUGUUAUUCCCGCCCAUAUCAACGAAAUAGUAACUUGAUCUUUUUGAACCAUUUCUCUGUUUUCUUUGAAUGAAUCAGUGAUUCCCCCCUUUUUUUUUAUUUUUUGAUGUGAUGUUUUCAAGAUAGGAGUGAGUCAAUUUAACUUUAUACACUUUACCUAAUAUUCUUAGUGUGAAAUUACUUUCUUGGAAAUCCCUACCCCAUUCUCUCUGUUAUCAUUGGCUUUAAAAUAUCACUGGAGGAUGGUUACGGUAUCCAAAUAGUUACCUGUUACAUGUGUGUAUUUUGGCUGCUUGGAUCAAGGGUACAUUUUUAGUAUCAGUAACUGUCUUCACAGUUUGUUAACAAUUCUCUUAAGAAACUGUGGAGCAUUAGGUAUCUAGGAGCCAUACAGAUGGGUGCACUGUUUGAAAGUGAGUAUACAUUUUUUUCCCUCAACGUAUAUACUACUGAUUUCAUUUUUUAAAGCAUGGCUUUCAAGUGAAUUAAUUUCUCGAAAGACUUGCUUCCUGAGUCCUUAUUACCUCUUGUUGAAGCCUCUCAAGGCCAUGUGGAAAGCUAGAGAGAAAGAGAGAGAGAGAAAAAAAAAAAAAAAAAGACUAGUGCACAGUUAUCUCUUUCGCAGCAGUGGCUAUAUUUUGAGUACUUUGUGCAAAAAGAUAUUUUCACACAGCAUCUUGUGGGAAAACAGAUUAGGCCUUUAGAUGUUCCAGCUGUGAAAGUGGUUUGGUUUUGGAUUAAGUCCACUUAAAUGAGGAUUGUGAAGUUAGACCCCAUGUAUUCCUACUGAUUAAUAUUCUGUGCAUGCUCGGAAGCACAUUUUUGGCACAGCAGGAGGCAAUGCAAUGUGGUUUUCUGGUUCUAGGAUGGGACCAUAUGUAUACGUAUAUAUUUUUGUCUUUUUCCCACUGCACUUGCGGCAUAUGGAGGUUCCCAGGCUAGGGGUCGAAUUGGAGCUAUAGCCACCAGCCUACACCACAGCCAUGCAACAUGGGAUCCUUAAUCCACUGAGCAAGGCCAGGGAUCAAACCCGCAUCCUUAUGGAUGCUGUUCAGGUUCCUUAACCACUGAGCUAUGAUGGAAACUCUGGGACAAUCUUAUUUUAAAGGAUUUCUGAAUGAAUUUUUCCUCUAGCAUUUCUCCUUCAUUCCAAAUUUCCACUUACUAACUAAUGUAAUAUAAAGUAAAAAUACUUUGGAAAUAGAACAGAUUGUUUCAGAUGAAUGUAGGCUUAUAACAAUAGAAAUGAUGUACAUUAAACUACUGUGUAUAUUAAUUAUUUCAAACACUACCAUAUAGCACUUUUAAGUGUUCUGUAAGCAAAAAAUAUAUAUAGUUGUGGUUAUCAUGCAAACCACAAGAACCCUCCAAGGUUGUAAGUAGUUUGGGAUUAUUUUGGUCCUCUUUUUGAAGUUUUCUGCGUAAUGGUUUUCCUUUGGGGAUGUUAUUACUACUGCUAUAAAUCUAGAACUUAACUAUUGAUACUUGUGUUUUGAAAACAGUGUUCACCUUUGGACAUUAUCCAUGUUUGGAGAGUGGCAUACCACUUUACCUGUGCUUAUUGUGAACACAGGAAUUUGCCCCAAAUUUCUAUCUUUUUGUAGAUGGAUUGUAGCACAAUAAUUAAUGAAUUUUCAGUGGUACCUCUCAAUAUUUUGGGAACUUUGCAAACCUAAGUAUCAGAUGUACUUUUUUUUUUUUUAAUUGUUAUUACCAUGUAACACAGUGUCUUCUCUUUAGCCAAACUGGUGAACAAACAUAUAGAAUUGUUUCACUGAUGUGGAAUGUUGACUACCGGCAGUUUUAUAAGUACAAGUCAGAAAGAGGCAGGACAGAUGGCCUCUUGUACUGAACGCUUCAAGAACUUAAUUUGUCCUAGUUUUCUGACAAAGACUUGACUCUGGUUUUCAUAGAGCUUGGUUUUUACCUAUCAUAGAGCAGAUUAGAUGGUAGUGAUGCACUGGUAGAGAUGGUUUUUAGUUAUUGACUCAGAAUUCAUCUCAUGAUUGAAUCUUUUAUGUUGUUUUACUGUAUGUAUAUCUACAUUGACUUAAUAAACAUGGGUUUAGUAACUUUGUGUUAAAAUUUGGCCUGGUAACAAUAUUUCAUUUUUACCUAUCAAGGAGUAGAAAAAUCUCCAUGUAUUGGUAUGUGUAUAUUGACGUUAUUUGGUACUGUAUGUGAAUGUAUUUAAAUGCUGUUCAUAGUCUAUGGCAAGCAUCAGUAAUUGGCACCAAUGGAUCAAGUUAGUCCAGUGGCAAAGUAGUCUGGUUACUCAGGAGGGCUUUGCUGGCAGCUGUUGUACUGUGUGGAAUUGUAGUUUACGGACCAGCUCUAUCCCUUAAUUUAGAUAUGGAAUGUGUUCGCCAUGAUAUUGGACUAGUCUGCUAAUUGAGGGGUGGGAGAGAGGUUGGUUUGGCCUGGUGCUCUGAAAUACAAGAACAAGAUGUCCAGCUGAGGGAGGGGGUGCUUUGACACCCUGAAUGGACCUCGUCUGUGGCGGGUUUCUUCCUCUUAGCCUUGUGAUAAGGAAACUUGAUAAAGGGGAUUGUGCAUAUUGUAAGCAAAUUUUACACAAUGUCUUAGAUGGAUACAUUCUAAAAGAGCAAAAUUCCUUUUCUGAGUCUACAUUCCAGUCAUAUUAAAAGUGCUAUGAUAUUUAACUAUGAACAUAUAAAUGGCGCAAAGGGACUUUCAUUUGUGGAUUGUGCUGUGUUUCUUAGGGUUCUCUGGCACUGAUGCCUAUACCAGCAUGUGAUAUGUGAAAUAAAAUGGAUUUUUCUACAGCUUAAUGAUUUCCCUCUGGGGAGAGUUCUGGUACAGCAAUCACACUGCCAGAUGGUGUUUAUGGGCUAUUUAUGUAAGUGGUAAGAUACUAUGAAAUAAAGGGUGCUUUCAUCAGAUGGAAACUCUUGAUGCAUGUGUUUUUGUGUGGAAUAAACUUGGGUGCAAUGUGAUGUCACUCCAUGUUGCAUUAAAUUUAAUUUCAAUUAUAUUUAUGUAGACGUAUAUCUGUCAUGCUUCUAGUUGCUUCAACCUUUGUAUCUAUAUAUUUUUUACUUAUUUUAAUAGAAAAUAUUUUAAGUGGAAAUUGAAUAAAAAUUUGAUAGUUUAAUAAAAGUCAUUGCGGUUUUUAAAAAAA